AUUAGCAUGCGUGUUUGUAAACAUCGUUGCGCGCGGCUCAAAGACGGCACACGUGCGACGCGGGAACUCGACUGUGUUCUGCCAUGCCUGUUUUAAAGAUACAGCAUAUCGUUUCGUUCAGUAGCGAGGACAAGGUACACAAAGCGGAAAACCUUCUAAAGCCCGAAACGUACAGGAAGUGGAAAUGCGCUACACCGGGAGAAAAACAAGCGUCUGUGAUUUUGCAGCUGGAGAAAGCGUCCGUAAUCUCAUCCAUCGAUAUUGGGAACGAAAGUUCCGCGUUCAUAGAAGUCCUCGUCUCUAGGUCUUCAGACCCUGCACAGGAUUUUCAUGUCCUUCUUGUGGCAUCAUCAUUCAUGACACCAAUGGACGCUCGUCAAGGGACAAACCUAAACCGUGUCCGCAUGUUUGGGGCUGAAAAGCUGUCUCAGUCCUUUGUUAAAGAGAAGUGGGACCGUGUUAAGAUUGUGUGUACACAGCCUUUUAAUAAGAGUAUCCAGUAUGGCCUUGCUUUCAUCAAAUUGCACUCACCUGAAGAGAUGACUUCAAAGGCCGAGCCUUCACCAAAGGCUUCCUUUGGGAAUUUCCAGUUAAAGGAGGAAGAAGAUGAAACCGAUCUUGCUGUCGGCGCGUGGUUUGCCAAGAGAAAAGAAAAAGCAUCUGUUGAUUCUUCGACCAGCCCUGCUGCGAUAAAGGCGGCCUCCUAUGCAGCUACAGCACUUCGAACUGCAGAAGAGAAAACUCUGAAGCCAUCAAAGCCUGCCAGCAGCUGGAAGGAGACCACAGAAGAACGAGAAGAAAGUUCUUCCUCAUUGACCCCGCAAAAACCGCAGAAGGCUUCCACCGUGCAAGCAGCUCCAAAGCCUGCCGCAACACCUGAGGCAAAGAAGAAACCCACCGUCGAAAAGACAAAGCCAAGGGAGAUGCAAAAACCUCAGACACCAAAAGCUCAGAAAAAGAAGAAAACGAAGCCUCCAAAGAAGUUUGAAGAGCUCAUGAGAGGUGUUGUGUUUGUGCUCAGCGGCUUCCAGAAUCCACUUCGUUCUCAAAUUCGAGACAAAGCACUAGAGAUGGGGGCCAAGUACAAAGCAGACUGGGACCGCUCCUGCACUCACCUUGUGUGUGCCUUUCUGAACACACCGAAGUAUGGCCAAGUGAAAGCAGCCGGUGGCAAGAUCGUCACCAAGGAGUGGGUGAUUGACAGCUACAAGGAGAAGUGCCUAAAGCCUUGGCUUGAAUACAAGCUGGGCUCCUAUCACCGGCCAUCGACUCCCGAAAACGACGACGAGGACGACGACGAGGAAGAUGACGCCGAGGGUGGAGGCGACGAGGAGGCGGAGGGAGGAAGCGCAACCACCGGUAUCGCACCGAGCCCGCGCGGACGAAGGCGCGAGGAGUCCGGGGGCCAGGCGGACUCUACGAAACGGCCUGCGCGGGACGCAGGCGGGGCCACGCCCGGUGGCAAGGCUCGUCGCGUGCAGCAGGAUGACAAGGAAGAUGGUGACAGCGAUUUCGACGCUGACACGGACGUUGACGAAAAAGAUGAGGAUUAUGACACAGAGGAAGAGAUCGAAAGAGUAAGGCAGCGACAGAAGCAAGCAGCGGAAGCCGCUACCUCGAAGCUUGCGCGCUCCGGUUCCGAAGCCGGUGCUCGCGGCAGCAACGAUGCGCUGCAGUCGUCCUCGGAGACCCGGCCUUCCGUCGGUGGCGGCGAUGCGGAUGACGCGUCACCGAUUCCUUUGGACCUGCCCGAACUGCCGGCUUUCUUCACCGGGAAGACGUUCCUGCUGUACGGUGAUUUCCCGGAGGACGAGAGGCGAGCGCUCACCAGGUACAUCGUCGGCCACGACGGGGACCUCAAAGAGGAGUUGGACGAUACUGUGAAGUUCGUCAUCACCAAGUCUGACUGGAACGACAACUUCGACGAGGCGCUGUGCGCGAACGAGUCGCUGGUGUUCCUACGGCCCCGUUGGGUGACCCGCUGUCACGAGGCAAGCCGCAGUGUGCCGUACCAGCCUUUUGUGGUCGCCUGCCCGGAAUAGUGAACGCAUGACCAGCGCAACGUUAGCCCUCGGAAAACCCUAUGCUUUGCUCGCUGUGCUUUCUCUUGUUGCUCAAUUACUGUGCGGAAUGAACGGCCGCAAGCACAUUAAAUGAGCCUGCUGCGCUAGUUUCCAGCGCUGCGGUUAGCUACUGGUCGUUAGUAUCGUCCCUAACGUUGCCCAAAGAUGCUGGAAAUAGACACUUUUGCAUUUUAGUGAUGAUUAUCUGUUUUCUUUAAACCUCGAUUUGAAGGCUUGCGUUAUAAGCAUUUAUUGAGUUUUUAACCUUUCUUUUUUUUUUUUAGUUUCCUUGUUUCAUAGUCUGUCUAUAAAGGAAGACUUUGACUUGAUUUACAAUCACGCACCACGUCCAGUUUGCCCUGUCAUUUUCACUGUGGUACUUUUUCGGUAGAAACGAGCUAUAUUUUAUGUGAUGUGUGUUUUGUCUCUCGGGGCCUGGUGAUUAUUUCUAAAAAUAAUGCUUCGUAUUUUCUAGAGCCCUUCGUCAUACUGCAGCGUAUUGCCAAAACUUGGCAAGGCUGCUUUGUUGUAAAUACCGGCAUGUGUAUGGUUUCUCUCUCUCUUUCAUCUUAAAAAAAAUCUGGGCCUUCAUUCGUGCUUUAUUUUAUACCAAUUUCCUCGUGUUAGGCUGUUUUGAUGGGAUCUCGAGUUUCAGUUUUCUUGCUUUGGAGUACUUAUUCCGGUGGCACACGAACUUACUGCAAUUGCUUUGACAGGAAAAUACUUCAGCGUAUUGUUAUGCGUUACACGAGCCCAUUACUGUUUGAUAUUCCCCUACGAUGCAUACAAAUGAUCGUGAAGUGUAAUUAUAGUUAUGUGCAUCUUAUGUUGCAGCGUAGAGCAAGAGAAAUCGGGAAACAGUUCGCUCAUUUCAGUUUUCACAACAGGAAAUGAGCUGUAUCGUGUGCUUCAUGCAAUAAUAUAAAAAUGUAUAUGGAUCUUACACCUGCAAAAGCUGUGAGAAAGAAGCUUAUGAGAAGAAGCGUGUUCCUUAAAAUGAACAUACCUAUUUUUUUCUCAAGAAGAGCCCGUUGCGGCAUUUGGUUCUAUUUUUUAUUGAAUAUAUUGUCAAUCGAACUUCUCUGAUGCACAGCUUGCAGUAGCGGCAUUAUAAGAUUGUUACUCUCUAUGUUACUACGCAUUCCUACAUCUCUUACUGAUGUUUCCUAGUUCGCUCGUCAUCUACGCCAACUUCAGUGAUUUGAAAGCUUGUUACUGGUAUUCCUUUGCUUAUGUUGUCUUUGCUGCUGUCUUAAUAUCACUGUCUUAGAUUAUACUGUUAUUAAAAUGUAGUGUGCAGCCGUAAUGAGCGCAUAUUUUGUCCGCUUAUUCCUGGCUUUCUUGAAAGACGUUCUAUACACGAGGGCAUUGUACAUCAAUAUCAUUUGCAGCUAUUUGGAAACGGCUUCGUGUACCUGCACUCUGCCAAAAGCCUUGUAAAUAAAUUUUGCACAUGCACCUGUA